UCCUUCCUGGGGGUUGUCUAAUACAGGAUCUCAAGAUGGCGUCGAGUGGAGGAGAUGGAGAACCUGAGUGGACCGCAGCCGUGCGACCACUUUUAUCAGCGUCGUACACGGCAUUUGAGACGAAGGAGCUACCUCAGCUCGUAGGAUCCAUCAUUAACAGUGCAUCGGAAAUCCUCCACCAUGACAAACAGUACGAACCCUUCUACUCCUCUUUUGUGGCGCUUUCUGCACAUUACAUCACCACAGUUUGUGGGCAAAUCCCCAGAAACCAGCUGCUGUCAGUGGCGGCCGCCUGUAAAGUACUCAUCGAGUUCUCCCUGCUGAGGCUGGAGAACCCAGACGAGGCAUGUGCCGUGUCACAGAAGCACCUCAUCCUUCUGAUAAAGGGCCUUUGCACGGCCUGCAGCCGCCUGGAUCGCACAGAAAUCAUCACCUUCACCGCGAUGAUGAAGUCUGCCAAGCUGCCCCUGACUGUCAAGACGCUGUCCGACGUGGAGGACCAGAAGGAUCUGCCCUCGCCGGUGAAUCCUGAGGUUCGACAGAAGGAGGUGCAGAUGAAUUUCUUCAACCAGCUGACCUCCGUGUUCAACCCAGACGUCAACAUGCUGUCGUCUCCCUGUGGACAGAUCCAGGUGGAGAGUGAGAGCGACGACCAAACGAGGGCAGACCAAGCGACGCAGGCGAAAAUGAAGAAUGCCUUCAUCUCCCAGAAUGUGUCCAGUUUACAGGAACUGGGGGGCUCGGAGAAGCUGCUGCGCGUCUGCCUCAACCUGCCCUACUUCCUGCGCUACAUCAACCGCUUUCAGGAUGCUGUGUCGGCCAACUCCUUCUUCAUCAUGCCGGCGACGGUGGCCGACGCCACCGCCGUGCGCAAUGGGUUUCACUCCUUGGUGAUUGAUGUGACGAUGGCCUUGGACACCCUGUCCUUGCCUGUUCUGGAGCCCCUGACUCCGCGGCGGCUGCAGGACGUCACGGUGCUGGCCCUCAGCUGCCUUUACGCCGGUGUAAGUGUGGCCACUUGCAUGGCCAUCCUGCAUGUGGGCAGCGGCCUACAGCUCCGCACCGCCUCCACCGGCUCCAAGGAGGAAGACUAUGAGAACGAUGCUGCUACUAUAGUUCAGAAAUGCCUGGAGAUUUACGACAUGAUCGGGCAGGCUAUCAGAAACUCCCGCAGAGCUGGAGGGGAACACUACCAGAACUUCCAGCUCCUAGGGGCCUGGUGCCUACUAAACAGCCUCUACUUGAUCCUCAACCUGAGCCCCACAUCCCUGGCUGACAAGGGGAAGGAGAAGGACCCCCUGGCAGCUCUGCGGGUUCGGGACAUUGUCACACGUGCCAAGGAUGGGGCCGGCUCGCCCAAACUCAGCCCCGGGAAAGGGCACCAGGGCUUUGGCGUCCUGUCAGUCAUCCUGGCAAAUCACUCAAUAAAACUGCUUUCUUCUCUCUUCCAAGACCUGCAAGUGGAGGCUCUGUACAGGGGCUGGACCAGCGACGGACCUCCAGCGGACCUCAGCAUCAUGGCCCAGAGCACCUCCAUCCAGCGGGUUCAGAGGCUCAUCGAUUCUGUGCCCCUCACUAACCUGCUGUUCACCCUGCUGUCCACCUCCUACAAGAAGGCCUGUGUCCUCCAGCGUCAAAGGAAAGGGUCAGUGAGCAGUGACGUCAGUGCCUCCACAGACUCCAACACCUACUAUGAAGAUGACUUCAGCAGCACAGAGGAAGAUAGCAGUCAGGAUGAGGACAGCGAGCCCAUCCUGGGUCUGUGGUUCGAGGAGACCAUCUCCCCCAGCAAGGAGAAAGUGGCCCCCCCUCCGCCUCCCCCGCCACCCCCCCUGGAGACAUCUCCGAGGCUGAAGAGCCCCAGCAAGCAGAGCACAGGGGAGAAUGGAAACAUCCUGGCCAGCCGGAAGGACCCCGAACUGUUCCUGAGUCUGGCUUCCAGCAUCCUGAACUUCAUUGCUACCUCCAUGCUCAAGUCCAGGAACAACUUCAUCCGCAACUAUCUGAGCGUCUCCCUGAACGAGCAGCACAUGGCCACCCUGGCCAGCAUCAUCAAGGACGUGGACAAGGAUGCCAAAGGAUCGUCUGAUGAAGAAUUCGCAUGUGCUCUGUAUCACUUUAACCACUCGCUGGUGACGUCAGAUCUCCCCUCACCGACGCUGCAGAACACCUUGCUGCAGCAGUUGGGUGUGGCUCCUUUCUCCGAGGGGGCCUGGCCGCUCUACAUCCACCCCCAGUCCCUGUCGGUGCUCUCGAGGCUGCUGCUCAUCUGGCAGCACAAGGCCAGCCUGGUGGGCGAUUCUGAUGUACCCGAGUGCAUGAAGGUCUGGGAGAGGUUUGUGGGCACGCUGAAGCAGCACACGCUGCAGGGUGCCUCUCCUGGUGAGGAGGACCUCAACGUGGAGCACCUCCAGCUGCUGCUGCUCAUUUUCCACAACCUGUCGGAGCGGGGUCGUAGGGACGUGCUGAUGCUGUGCACCCAGGCCAUCGCGGAGGUGGCUGCGCAGGGACAGUCGCAGCUGCAGACCGUGCCCCUCAACCUGGGCCGCCUCCUGCUGCUGUUUGACUACCUGCUGCACCAGUAUUCUAAGGCGCCGGUGUACCUCUUCGAGCAGGUGCAGUACAAUCUGCUGACUCCUCCUGCCACCGGGGGCAGCGCAGCCGAAGAGGGGGCCAAGCGGGGCUCCAUGCCGCUCUACUAUGGCUUCAAGGAGGUAGAGGACAACUGGACGAAGCACAGCUCGGCAGACUCUACAAUGCAGCCUAAAUUUUACUGCGUCCUGUCACCUGAGGUAUCGGAAGAUGACCGGAAUCGCCUGGACAGCAAAGUCUUCCCAGUGCUGUUCAACGGCGCAGUCAAGUACGACGACUUGUACUCCUGCCUGAUAUCCCUGCUGUCUGCCGGGUCCCAGUUUGACGCAGCCAGGAGGCAAGAAAACAAGACCAUCAUGCCUGUGGAGGCCUGCUCUCUUCAAUACUACUUCCUGGUGCUGUGGCGCCUCCUGGGCGCACUACCGCCCUCCAAGGCCUACGUGGAGCAGCUGACGGGCAGCGGCAGCGACGGCGCCGACAGCGACAUCCUGCACACCCUGCGCUGGUCCUCGCGGCUCCGUGUGGCCACCUACGUCGGCUGGAUCAAGGAGCACCUGGUGAAGCAGGGGAUGAAGGCCGACCAUGCGGCCACGCUGAUCGAGGCAGCCUCCAGUAGGUGCAGCGCCGUCAAGUAUGACGUGGAGCUGGCCGAGGAGUACAUCGCCCGGCAGAUCUCCUCUUUCUGCUGCGUGGACCCCAACACCAUCCUACCCCUCCACCACGUACCCAACCUGCAGACCAUCUACACCCUCGACGCAGUCAUCUCCAAGGUGCAGGUCUCCCUGGACGAGCACUUCUCCAAGGUGGCCACGGAGGCGGACCCGCACAAGUCGUCAGAGAUCACGAAGAACCUGCUUCCCGCCACGCUCCAGCUGAUUGACACCUACACAGCAUUCACCAGGUCUUACCUGCUGAUGAGCCUCCCAGAGGGCACGGAGGGCAAGCCCCCGGAGCGCAAGCUGCAGGGUUAUGCCGCCGUCCUGUCCAUCGGCUCCACGCGCUGCAAGGCCAAUGUGCUCGGUCAGGCCGUAAUGCAGAACCUCCCCCCGGCCGUGCAGACGCUUUGCGAGACAUGGAACGGCAUCCACACAAACGAAUUCCCCAACAUCGGCUCCUGGAGGAACGCCUUUGCCAAUGACACCAUCCCAUCGGAGAGUUACAUCGGUGCCGUCCAGGCAGCCCACCUGGGCACGCUCAGCAACCAGUCUCUGCCCCUGGCGUCCUCCCUCAAACACGUGCUGCUGUCUCUGAUGCGCCUCUCUGGGGACCUCAUUGUCUGGUGUCCGGAGGACUUGAGCCCCCCACAGGUGAUGGGCUCCCUGCUGCCCCUGCUGCUGGAGGCCGGCACGGAGAGCGUGGCAGAGAUCGCCAGCAGCUCGCUGGAGCGCAUCCUGGGUCCCGCCGAGUCCGACGAAUUCCUGGCGCGCGUCUACGAGCGCCUAGUCACCGGCUGCUACAACAUCAUCGCCAACCACUCUGACCUGAACAGCGGCCUGGAUGAAUCCGUCCUGGAGGAGUGCCUGCAGUACCUGGAAAAGCAGCUGGAGAACAGCCAGGUUCGCAAGGCCAUGGAAGAGUUCUUCUCCUACAGUGGAGAGCUGGUGCAGAUCAUGAUGGCGACAGCCAACGAGAACCUCUCGGCCAAGUUCUGCAACCACGUGCUGAAGUUUUUCACCAAACUCUUCCAGCUCGCGGAGAAAACCCCCAACCCUAGCCUGCUGUGCCUGUGCGGCUCCUUGGCCCAGUUGGCGUGUGUGGAGCCCACACGGCUGCAAGCCUGGCUCACACGCAUGACGGCAUCACCGGUGCGGGACUCGGACCAGCCGGAGGCCGUGCAGGAGAACCGACAGCUGCUGCAGCUGCUCACGGCCUACAUCGUGCGGGACGGCAGCCAGGUGGGCGAGGGCGUGUGCACCGUGCUCCUCAGCACACUCGUCCCCAUGGCGACGGAGAUGCUGGCCACGGGCGACGGUGCCGGCUUCCCCGAGCUCAUGGUCAUCAUGUCCACGCUGGCGGGUGCCGGGCAGGGGGCGGGACACCUGCAGCUCCACCGGGCAGCCAUUGAUUGGCUUACCAGAUGCAAAAAGUACUUGACUCAGAAGAAUGUAGUAGAGAAGGUCAGCGCAAAUGUGUCACAGGGCAAACAUGCCAGCAUGCUGGAGUGCUCUUGCCACAUCAUCUCCUACCUGGCAGACGUGAUGAACGCCCUGCGGCAGAGUGGGGCGGGAGGAGGCCAGGGAUCCACACAGCUGCUGGUGGAGGGCGAGGAGAAGGCCAUCGAGGUGGAUUCCGACUGGGUGGAGGAGCUGGCCGUGGAGGAAGACGAUUCUCAGGCUGAAGAUUCAGAUGAAGACUCGCUAUGCAACAAACUGUGCACCUUCACCAUCACCCAGAAAGAGUUCAUGAACCAGCACUGGUACCACUGUCACACCUGUAAGAUGGUGGAUGGGGUAGGUGUGUGCACUGUGUGUGCCAAGGUGUGCCACAAAGACCACGAGAUCUCCUACGCCAAAUACGGCUCCUUCUUCUGCGACUGCGGGGCCAAGGAGGAUGGCAGCUGCCAGGCCCUGGUCAAGCGCAGUCCCAGCAGUGGCAUGAGCUCCACCUUGAAGGAGUCGUCGGCCUUCCAGAGUGAGCCGCGAGUGCCGGAGAGCGCCAUCCGCCACCAAAAUUCCUCACCUGCUGACAAGGGCAAGGUGACCAUCUGUGAUGGCAAGGCUGGUGACGAGGACAAGCCCAGGAAGAGCAGUGCCUGCCGCAGCGUGGAGGGCUGCCGGGACGAGCUACUCUCUCAAGUGCUGGGUUCCUCCACGCCAGCCAUCGUGCUGGACAUGCUCGUCUUCCUCAUGGACGCCAUCCAGACCAACUUUCAGCAGGCGUCCGCGGUGGGCAGCAGCAGCCGCGCCCAGCAAGCCCUCCACGAGCUGCACACCCAAGACAAGACCGUGGAGAUGACAGACCAGCUCAUGGUGCCCACCCUGGGUUCCCAAGAGGGGGCGUUUGAGAACGUGCGCAUGAACUACAGCGGCGACCAGGGCCAGACCAUCCGGCAGCUGAUCAGCGCCCACGUGCUGCGGCGUGUGGCCAUGUGCGUGCUGUCCUCCCCACACGGGCGCCGCCAGCACCUGGCCGUCAGCCACGAGAAGGGCAAGAUCACUGUGCUUCAGCUGUCCACUCUGCUGAAGCAGGCGGAUUCUAGCAAGCGGAAGCUGACCCUGACACGCCUGGCUUCGGCCCCUGUGCCGUUCACCGUUCUCAGCCUCACGGGGAACCCCUGCAACGAGGACUACCUGGCCGUGUGCGGCUUGAAGGAUUGCCACGUCCUCACGUUCAGCAGCACGGGCUCCGUUUCAGACCACUUGGUUCUUCACCCCCAGCUGGCCACGGGGAACUUCAUCAUCAAGGCUAUCUGGCUGCCCGGCUCGCAGACCGAGCUGGCCAUCAUCACCGCUGACUUUGUCAAGAUUUACAACCUUUCUGUGGACGCCUUGAGCCCUAUUUACUACUUCCUGCUGCCGAGCUCCAAAAUCCGAGACGCCACGUUCCUGUUUAAUGAAGAGGGAAAGAACAUAAUCGUCAUCAUGUCCUCCGCUGGGUACAUCUACACGCAGGUGAUGGACGACUCCAGCAGCGCCCAGCAUGGCCCCUUCUACGUUACCAACGUGCUGGAGAUCAUCCAUGAGGACCUGAAGGACAGUAACGGGCAGGUGGCCGGCGGCGGUGUGUCCGUCUACUACUCUCACGUGCUGCAGAUGCUCUUCUUCAGCUACAGCCAGGGCAAGUCGUUCGCCGCGACGGUCAGCCGCAGCACCAUGGAAAUGCAGCGGCUCUUCACCAUCAACGUCAAGGGCUCCAACGGGGGGAGCAAGACAUCUCCAGCCCUCUGCCAGUGGUCGGAGGUGAUGAACCACCCAGGGCUGGUGUGCUGCGUGCAGCAGACCACAGGCAUCCCACUGGUUAUCAUGGUGAAGCCCAACACCUUCCUCAUCCAGGAGAUCAAGACACUUCCAGCCAAAGCCAAGAUCCAGGACAUGGUGGCCAUCCGCCACACAGCCAGCAACGAGCAGCAGCGCACCACCAUGAUCCUGCUUUGCGAGGACGGCAGCCUGCGCAUCUACAUGGCCAGCGUGGAGAGCACCUCCUUCUGGCUGCAGCCCGCCCUGCAGCCCAGCAGCGUCAUUAGCAUCGUGAAGCCGGUGCGCAAGCGCAAGGCCACGGCCGCCGCCACGCGCACAUGCAGCCAGGUCACCUUCCCUGUGGAUUUCUUUGAGCACAACCAGCAGCUGACAGAGGUGGAGUUCGGGGGCAACGAUCUGCUGCAGGUGUAUAACGGGCAGCAGAUCAAACACCGGCUCAACUCCACCGGCAUGUAUGUGGCCAGCACCAAGCCCGGCGGCUUCACGGUGGAGAUCGUCAACAACAACAGCUCCAUGGUGAUGACAGGCAUGCGCGUGCAGGUCGGCACCCAGGCCAUCGAGCGCGCUCCGUCCUACUUGGAGAUCUUCGGGCGCACCAUGCAGAUGAGCCUGACUCGCGCCCGCUGGUUCGACUUCCCCUUCACCCGCGAGGAGGCCUUGCAGGCGGACAAGAAGCUCUCCAUUUUCAUCGGAGCUUCAGUGGACCCAGCAGGUGUUACCAUGCUGGACUCUAUUAAGAUCUACGGGAAGACCAAGGAGCAGUUUGGCUGGCCUGACGAACCCCCGGAAGACUUUCCCUCGGCCUCAGUCAACAACACAUGCAGCCCUAACAUGAACCAGAGCAACGGGAGCAGCGAGAGCGACAUCGUGACCCCCAGUGCCACCAGCGGCACUGUGCUUGAGAGGCUGGUGGUCAGUUCCCUGGAAGCUCUGGAGAGCUGCUUCGCCGUGUGCUCGACGGGCGAGAAGGAGAAAAACAAAGCGGCCGCCCUCGACCUGGCCACCCAGUUGCUCUCCAUGCCCACUCCCGCCGGCGUCCAGCAGCAGACCAAGGGUCUCCUGGCCAGCCUGCACACCAGCCGCACUGCCUACCACAACCACAAGGACCAGUCUCUGCUGAGCAAUGCUGUUCAGUGCCUGAACAGCUGUAGCCAAGAGGGCAAGGACUUGGACCCCGACGUCUUCCAGAGGCUUGUCAUCACCGCCCGCUCUAUUGCCAUCAUGAGGCCCAACAACCUAGUGCAUUUCACAGAAUCCAAGCUGCCCACUGCUGACUCAGAAUCAGGCAAUGACAGCAAGGAGAGUCAGAAGCCUGUGGAGAACGAGGGCUGCAGCUUCAUCAUGCAGCUGGUGAACCAGUUCUGGAAGCUGCAUUCUCUCAAACCCAAGAAUGCUUUCCUGGCCCCCGCCUGCCUACCCGGUUUGACCCAUAUUGAGGCCACAGUGAAUGCGUUGGUAGACAUCAUUCAAGGUUACUGCACCUGCGAACUGGACUGCAUCGACUUGGCCUCGAAAAUCUACAUGCAGAUGCUGCUUUGCCCCGAUACAGCCGUGAGCUUCGCCUGUAAGCAGGCGCUGAUCCGAGUGCUGAGGCCUAGGAACAAGCGCCGACACGUGACCCUGCCGUCACCCCCUCGCUCCAACACCCCCAUGGGAGACAAAGACGACGACGAUGACGACGACGCGGAUGAGAAGAUGCAGACCUCGGGGAUGACCGGCGGUGACGGUGGCAGGCAGGAGAGCCAGGAGCAGAGCGAGGUGGAUCACGGCGAUUUCGAGAUGGUGUCCGAGUCCAUGGUGCUGGAGACUGCGGAGAACGUUACCAACGGGAACCCCUCCCCCUUGGAGGCGCUGCUGGCUGGGGCUGAAGGCUUCCCCCCGAUGCUGGACAUCCCACCCGACGCAGACGACGAGACCAUGGUGGAGCUGGCCAUCGCCCUCAGCCUCCAGCAGGACCAGCAAGGAAGCAGCAGCAGUGCCCUAGGCCUCCAGAGCCUGGGCCUCUCCGGCCAGGCGCCCAGCUCCUCCUCCUUGGACGCUGGGACCCUUUCGGACACCACUGCCUCAGCUCCAGCCUCGGACGACGAAGGCAGCACGGCGGCCACCGACGGCUCCACCUUGCGCACCUCGCCGGCCGAGCACGGGGGCAGCGUGGGCUCUGAAAGCGGGGGCAGCGCAGUCGACUCGGUGGCUGGGGAGCACAGCGUGUCAGGCCGCAGCAGCGCCUACGGCGACGGCACCGCCGAAGGACACCCCCCCGGGCCUGGCAGCAUCAGCUCUAGCACUGGCGCCAUCAGUACCACCACAGCCCAGCAGGAGGGCGAGGGCUCUGAGGGGGAGGGCGAGACGGAGGGUGACAUCCACACCAGUAACCGGCUGCACAUGGUCCGUUUGAUGCUGCUUGAGCGUCUGCUCCAACACCUGCCCCAGCUACACACUGUGGGUGGGGUCCGCGCCAUCCCCUACAUGCAAGUGGUGCUCAUGCUUACCGCCGACCUGGACGGAGAUGAUGAGAAGGACAAGGGCGCUCUGGACGACCUGCUGGCCCAGCUCAUCGCUGAGCUUGGCAUGAACAAGAAGGACAUCUCCAAGAAGAAUGAGCGCAGCACCAUGAAUGAGGUCCAUCUGGUCAUCAUGAGACUGCUGAGUGUCUUCAUGUCGCGCACUAAGUCUGGGUCAAAGUCGUCCUCAGAGUCCUCGUCCUUCAUCUCCAAUGCAACGGCAACAGCCCUCCUCAGCUCCGGCGCCAUAGACUACUGUCUGCAUGUGCUCAAAUCCCUGCUGGAGUUCUGGAAGACGCAGCAGGGUGAGGAGGAGCCCGCCGCUGCCAGCCAGCUCCUCAAGCCCCACACCUCCUCCUCACCCCCGGAUAUGAGCCCCUUCUUCCUGCGCCAGUAUGUCAAGGGCCAUGCGGCCGACGUGUUCGAGGCUUACUCCCAGCUGCUCACCGAGAUGGUGCUGCGACUGCCGUACCAGAUCAAGAAGAUCGCCGACGCCAACUCGCGCAUCCCACCACCCAUCUUCGACCACUGCUGGUUUUACUUCCUGUCUGAGUACCUGAUGAUCCAGCAGACCCCGUUCGUGAGGCGGCAGGUCCGCAAGCUGCUGCUGUUCAUCUGCGGCUCCAAGGAUAAGUACCGGCAGCUGCGCGACCUGCACACGCUGGACUCACACGUGCGCGCCAUCAAGAGGCUGCUGGAGGAGCAGGGCAUCUUCCAGCGGGCCGGCAUCGUCACGGCGACGUCCGGUUCCGCCCUGCAGUACGACACCCUGAUUAGCCUGAUGGAGCACCUGAAAGCCUGUGCGGAGAUCGCCACCCAGAGGACCAUCAACUGGCAGAAGUUCUGCAUGAAGGACGACUCGGUGCUCUACUUUCUGCUGCAGGUCAGCUUCCUAGUAGACGAGGGCGUGUCCCCAGUGCUACUGCAGCUGCUAUCCUGCGCGCUGUGCGGCAGCAAGGUGCUCACCUCCUCGUCCGGGUCCUCCGCUGGCUCUACGGGUGGGGCCGGCUCCUCCCAGUCCUCCCAAAGCAAGUCCUCCAGUAAGAAGAGCAAGAAGGAGGACAAGGAGAAAGAGAAGGAUGGCGACGGCGUGGGAAGCCAGGAGGACCAGCUGUGCACCGCACUGGUCAGUCAGCUCAACAAAUUAGCCGACAAAGAGACCCUCAUCCAGUUCCUGCGCUGCUUCCUGCUGGAGUCGAACUCCUCUUCCGUGCGUUGGCAGGCUCACUGCCUGGCUCUGCAUAUCUACAGGAACUCCAGUAAGUCCCAGCAGGAACUGCUCCUGGAUCUCACAUGGGCCAUCUGGCCAGAGCUCCCGGCAUAUGGGCGCAAGGCCGCCCAGUUCGUGGACCUGCUGGGCUAUUUCUCUUUGAAGACUCCACAGACUGAGAAGAAGUUGAAGGAAUACUCUCAGAAGGCUGUGGAGAUUUUAAGAGCUCAAAAUCAUAUUCUGACCAACCACCCCAACUCCAAUAUCUACAACACCUUGUCUGGAUUGGUGGAGUUCGAUGGGUUUUACCUGGAGAGUGACCCCUGCCUAGUCUGUAACAACCCCGAAGUGCCGUUUUCUAACAUCAAGCUCUCCUCCAUAAAAGUGGACACGCGCUACACCACCACACAGCAGGUGGUCAAACUCGUGGGCAGCCACACCAUCAGCAAGGUUACCGUGAAGGUCGGCGACCUGAAGCGCACCAAGAUGGUGCGCACCAUCAACCUCUACUACAACAACAGGACGGUGCAGGCCAUCGUGGAGCUGAAGAACAAACCCGCCCGGUGGCACAAAGCCAAGAAGGUCCAGCUCACCCCAGGGCAAACUGAGGUCAAGAUCGACCUCCCCCUGCCCAUCGUGGCGUCCAACCUGAUGAUCGAGUUCGCCGACUUCUACGAGAACUACCAGGCGUCCACGGAAACGCUGCAGUGUCCGCGGUGCAGUGCAUCCGUGCCGGCCAACCCGGGCGUGUGCGGCAACUGUGGCGAGAACGUCUACCAAUGCCACAAGUGCAGGUCCAUUAACUAUGACGAGAAGGACCCCUUCCUGUGUAACGCAUGCGGCUUCUGCAAAUACGCACGCUUCGAUUUCAUGCUUUACGCCAAGCCAUGCUGCGCCGUGGACCCCAUAGAGAAUGAAGAAGACAGGAAGAAGGCUGUGACCAACAUCAACACCCUGCUGGACAAGGCGGACCGCGUCUACCACCAGCUCAUGGGGCACCGGCCGCAGCUGGAGAGCCUGCUGUCUAAGGUGAACGAGGCGGCCCCGGAGAAGCCCCAGGAUGACGCGGGCUCCGGAGCGGGGAUGGGGGGCUCCUCCGCCAGUGUGAACAGGUACAUUCAGCAGCUGGCGCAGGAGUACAGUGGUGACUGCAAAACCUCCUUCGACGAGCUCUCCAAAAUCAUCCAGAAAGUCCUAGCAUCCCGCAAGGAGCUGCUGGAAUACGACCUGCAGCAGCGAGAGGCAGCGACCAAGUCGUCACGCAGCGGCGCCCAGCCCACCUUCACCGCCAGCCAGUACCGCGCGCUGUCCGUCCUGGGCUGCGGCCACACCUCCUCCACCAAGUGCUACGGCUGCGCGUCGGCGGUCACCGGCCACUGCAUAGCGCUGCUGCGCGCCCUGGCCACCAACCCAUCCAUCCGGCAGAUCCUGGUGCUUCAGGGCCUCAUCCGUGAGCUCUUCGAGUACAACCUACGGCGCGGAACUGGCGCCAUGCGGGAGGAGGUGCGGCAGCUGAUCUGCCUACUCACCAGAGAUCAUCCUGAUGCCACUCAGCAGAUGAAUGACCUCAUCAUCGCAAAAGUGUCUGCUGCACUGAAGGGCCACUGGGCCAACCCUGACCUGGUGAGCAGCCUUCAGUACGAGAUGCAGCUUCUCACCGACUCCAUAGCUAAAGAGGGAGGCUGCUGGGAACUGCGACUUCGCUGUGCUCUCAGCCUCUUCCUAAUGGCCGUGAACAUUAAGACCCCGGUGGUGGUGGAGAACAUCACCCUGAUGUGUCUGAAGAUCCUGCAGAAGCUCAUUAAGCCACCCUCACCCACCAGCAAAAAGAACAAGGAUGCUGCUGUUGAGUCCCUGACCACUGUCAAGCCCUAUAGCAACGAGAUACACGCUCAGGCCCAGCUCUGGCUCAAAAAGGACCCCAAGGCGUCCUACGAAGCCUGGAAAAAGUGCCUUCCAGCCAGAGGCCAAGAACCCGUCUCAAAGCCCCUCUCCAAGGCUGACAUACGGAAGCAUUACCUACUAGAGAAGUACGUCUGGAAAUGGAAGCAGUUUAUGAGUAAACGUGGGAAGAGGACGUCGCCCCUGGACCUCAGGUUGGGGCACAACAACUGGCUACGGCAGGUGCUCUUCACACCCGCGACACAGGCCGCUAGGCAGGCCGCCUGCACCAUAGUGGAAGCUCUCACCUCCAUUCCCAGCCGUAAACAACACGUCCUUGACCUGCUCACUAGUUACCUGGAUGAGCUGAGCAUCGCCGGUGAGUGUGCGGCAGAGUACUUGGCGCUGUACCAGAAGCUCAUCAAGCCUGCACACUGGAAAGUGUACCUGGCAGCUCGGGGCGUCCUCCCCUAUGUCGGCAACCUGAUCACUAAGGAGAUCGCCCACCUUCUGGCGCUGGAGGAGGCCACGCUGAGCACUGACCUGCAGCAGGGCUAUGCCCUGAAGAGCCUGACAGGCCUCUUGUCCUCCUUUGUGGAGGUGGAGUCCAUUAAGCGGCACUUCAAGAGUCGCCUUGUGGGCACAGUGCUCAAUGGGUACCUGUGCCUCAGGAAGCUGGUGGUGCAGAGGACCAAGCUGAUAGAUGAAACGCAGGACAUGCUGUUGGAGAUGCUUGAGGACAUGACCACUGGGACGGAGUCUGAGACCAAGGCUUUCAUGGCGGUGUGCAUCGAGACGGCCAAGCGUUACAACCUGGACGACUACAGGACGCCCGUGUUCAUCUUCGAGAGGCUGUGCAGCAUCAUUUACCCCGAGGAGAACGAGGUGACGGAGUUCUUCGUGACUUUGGAGAAGGACCCACAGCAGGAGGACUUCUUGCAGGGACGCAUGCCCGGCAAUCCCUACAGCAGCAACGAACCGGGAAUCGGGCCCCUCAUGAGGGACAUAAAGAAUAAGAUCUGCCAGGACUGUGACCUGGUGGCACUGCUGGAGGACGACAGCGGCAUGGAGUUGCUCGUGAAUAACAAGAUAAUUAGCCUGGAUCUUGCGGUCGCUGAAGUCUAUAAGAAGGUGUGGUGCCCCACCAAUGAGGGGGAGCCCAUGAGAAUUAUCUAUCGCAUGAGGGGCCUUUUGGGUGAUGCUACAGAAGAGUUUAUAGAGUCACUGGACUCCACCACAGAUGAGGAGGAGGAUGAUGAGGAGGUGUACAAGAUGGCAGGCGUGAUGGCUUGCUGCGGGGGUCUGGAGUGCAUGCUCAACCGGCUGUCUGGGAUCAAGGACUUCAAGCAGGGGAGGCAUCUUCUCACGGUUCUGCUGAAGCUGUUCAGUUACUGUGUGAAAGUGAAAAUCAACAGACAGCAGCUUGUCAAACCGGAGAUGAACACACUGAACGUUAUGCUGGGAACCCUCAACCUGGCGCUGGUUGCAGAGCAGGAGAGUAAGGACAGUGGCGGGUCUUCCAUAGCCGAGCAGGUCCUCAGCAUCAUGGAAAUCAUCCUGGAUGAAGCCAAUGCCGAGACCGUCUCUGAGGAUAAGGGUAACUUGCUGUUGACUGGGGACAAAGACCAGCUGGUGAUGUUGCUGGACCAGAUCAACACACCCUUCGUCCGUUCGAAUCCCAGCGUGCUACAGGGCCUGCUCCGCAUCAUCCCCUACCUGUCCUUCGGGGAGCUGGAGAAGAUGCAGAUCCUGGUGGAGCGUUUCAAGCCCUGCUGCAGCUUUGACAAGUACGACGAGGAACACAGCGUGGAUGACAAGGUCUUCUUGGACUGUUUCUGUAAGAUCGCUGCCGGGAUCAAGAACAACAGUAACGGCCAUCAGCUGAAGGAACUGAUUCUUCAGAAAGGCAUUACCCAGAAUGCCCUGGAUUACAUGAAGAAGCAUAUCCCCAGUGCCAAAAACUUGGAUGCUGACAUCUGGAAGAAGUUUCUCUCUCGCCCAGCCCUGCCCUUCAUCCUGAGGCUGCUUCGAGGUCUGGCCACCCAGCACCCCCCAACGCAGGUGCUGAUCGGCAUGGACUCCAUCAGCAACCUGCACAAGCUGGAGCAGGUGUCCAGCGACGAGGGCAUCGGCACGCUGGCCGAGAACCUGCUGGAGGCCCUGCGCGAGCACGCCGACGUCAACCUGAAGAUCGAUGCGGCACGGCGAGAGACGCGGGCCGAGAAGAAGCGCAUGGCCAUGGCCAUGAGGCAGAAGGCACUGGGAACACUGGGAAUGACCACCAAUGAGAAGGGCCAGGUGGUCACCAAGACGUCGCUGCUCAAGCAGAUGGAAGAGCUGAUUGAGGAGCCUGGACUGACCUGCUGUAUCUGCCGGGAGGGCUACAAGUUCCAGCCCACGAAGGUUCUUGGAAUUUACACAUUCACGAAGCGGGUAGCGCUGGAGGAGUUCGAGAAUAAGCCCCGGAAACAGCAGGGCUACAGCACGGUGUCACACUUCAACAUCGUCCACUACGACUGCCACCUCGCUGCUGUCCGGCUCGCACGUGGGCGUGAGGAGUGGGAGAGCGCCGCCCUGCAGAACGCCAACACCAAGUGCAACGGUUUGCUGCCGGUGUGGGGGCCGCAUGUGCCCGAGUCUGCGUUCGCCACCUGUCUGGCCAGGCAUAAUACGUACCUGCAGGAAUGCACGGGCCAACGGGAACCCACCUACCAGCUGAACAUCCAUGACACCAAGCUGCUGUUCCUGCGAUUCGCCACGGAGCAGUCUUUCAGCGUGGACACGGGGGGCGGCGGGCGCGAGAGCAACAUCCACCUCAUCCCUUACAUCAUCCACACUGUGCUCUACGUGCUGAACACUACCAGGGCCACCUCCCGGGAGGAGAAGAACCUGCAGAGCUUCCUGGAGCAGCCGUGCGAGAAGUGGUUGGAGAGCACGUAUGAGGUGGACGGACCACACUACUACACGGUGCUGGCCAUGCACAUCCUGCCCCCCGAGCGCUGGAGGACCACGCGCCUGGACUUCCUGCGCCGCCUGCUGGUCACCGCACAUGCCCGCAAAAUCUCCCCAGGGGGCACCAACAAACUCUCAGACAAAACCGUGAAGGAGUAUGCAGUAUACCGCUCCCCGCUUCUCUUCUGGGGCCUGGUGGAUCUCAUCUAUGACAUGUUCAGGAAAGUUCCCACCUGCAACACAGAGGGAGGCUGGUCCUUCUCCCUGGCUGAGUACGUGCGCCAUAGCGACAUGCCCAUCUACGAGGCGUCUGAGCGCGUCUUGCGGGCCUUCCAGGAUGAACUCAUGCCUGCUGAAUCCAUCUCGGAGUUCUUCGACGUCGUAGGACUUCUAUCUGACAUCCCAGACCCUGAGGGCUUUUUGCAGGAUCUGUUGAACUCUGUGCCCUGAUGGGGAUUAGUACUGGACUUCAGAUGGCUUCAGUCCACACCCGGUGUCCCACGUGGAGACAAAACGGCCCCCGUUUGCAGGGACUCCGUGGAAAAGCCUCUUCCCAGGACACCUUCUCAACAGGAGGCGAAGAGCUUCCCUGCUUCUUCACACAGACACACAGCAAUGAACACACACAGUAAAACACACAGACAAGCGCACCCAGCCCUCGUUUCUGCUUUGAGCAGCUUUCAAUAUGCUAUUCUUUAAACAACCAGAAAACUCUAUGUGUAGCCUGACAAGUUUAUGCAUCCUAUUUACUAAAAGGGUUUCUGUAAUAUAAAACGCCUGUGUUAUUACACACAACAUGUCUGGGUACAGAAUCCCCGAGUAAUUUUAAGUAUUUUCAAGCUAAAACAAAGAAAAUUAAUUGUUUAAUUUUGGUUGCGGUUUUUUGUUAAAAACGAUUAAUUUACAGAUUCACAGGAAGCUAGUGUGAGCUUCACAGGAGUAACUAAUCUUUUUAUGUAGGUACCUCAUCUCCCCCUUUCCCAGGAUUUAGCAGGUUUUGUCAUUGUCCCUUGUUCUAAUUUAUGGGAGUUAUUGACUUGUUGGCUUUUUAAGACCAAACAGAUGUUAGGUCUCAUUUUUAUAAUCAAAUUAAACAGAGAAAACUUUCCUCCCUGUUAUGAAAUCCUGAUUCAGGACAGGAUACCACGUUUUCAUUAUGCUGACAACUUUCCAGAAAACUCUUAUUAUCCUCUUUGGGAAAAUUGGGUACAUUUGGGGUAAUAAUCUUUUGGUUAAAUUUAGUUCUGAUUUUUUUUGUGGGUCCACAACUACACUGGCUUCGUGUUUUUUUUUUUUUUUUUUUUUUUUGUCAUUCACAAGAUAAAAUAAGAAUAUCCUGCAGAUUUCAUCUCUGUCGACCCCCCACAGCCGUUUUUGUUUCUGGUAAGCACAGUGCCGCUGAGUGCAGACUCAGUGAUCAAGAAACUCGUUAAUAUAUCGACGCCUGCAGAGGGCGCCAUUGUACUCAGAGCAGAAUGCAUGGUGUGGAGUUUGUUUCGAUCCAGUUUAGUGUUUCUUUGCCUAUUCACGUUGCUACAAUGUUCAACUGUCGCUGAAUGUUUGCUUUUUUGGUUUAGCAGAAGAUUAAUAAAAGCUGUAAUAAUUCUG